AUGCGGCCUCCUUCUUUCUCUGGUGCUGAAGGACCUUUAGCAGCAGAGGAGUUCCUCAAGGUCACAGAGACUAUCCUUACGGUGACUCGUAUUCCCCCUGCAGAGUGGGUAGAUCUCAUGGAUGUUCAGCUCACGGAUAUGGCUCAGAUUUGGUGGACUGCAGAGAAGGCUCAUUUGGAGAGACCGAUUUCGUGGGAAACCUUCACAGAUCAUUUCAACAGGAAGUACUUCCCUCAGUCAGCUCGGGACGAACUUCUGCGUAAGUUUGUUGAACUCAAGCAAGGAGAUCGAUCCGUUGAUGAGUAUGAGGCUGAGUUUUCUUCCUUGAGUCGAUAUGCUCCUCAUCUUGUUACAGACCCCACUAUCAGGAGGCAUCAGUUCCAGAAGGGUCUGGACAAGUAUAUUAGAUUGGCUCUAGCUGGUAGAGCACUUGCGACCCACGAUGCCGUGUUGGAUGCAGCACGCGAGAUCGAGAGCGUUCAGAAGGAGCCUGAAGACCCACAUGUGAUCCAGAGCAAGACACCAGUAGCCCCAGCCCGAGAUGACGAGCGUCCAUCUUUGAGGCAACAACAAAAUCCACAGCGACAACAGUUUUCUCAGCGCCAGCCACUUCCUCAUGUGCAUCCCUAUCAGCGCCCUAGAGUGCAGACUCGCGGCCAGCCUUCGAUGUAG